AUGGCGGCGCCAAUGAGGGAGGGCGCGCCGGCCGGCGGAGCUCGCCCCGCGCCCCACGCGCACCCCGCCAACUUCGAGUACGAUGACAACGAGUGGGACAUCGGCAUCGGCGACCUCAUCAUAGACCUCGAUGCCGACAUAGAGAAGACCGACGAGGCGGGCGGCAUGGCGGCGCGCGCCGAACCGGACGCGCAGCGCACCGCGCUCAAGAUGAAGAUCAAGCGCACGAAGCCCGGCACGAAGAGCUCCGAGGCGAAACACGAGAUUGUAAAGUCAAACGAAAUGAAUGGUGAGCCUAAGCCGCCGACCGCGACUGGGGCGCCGCCUACGGCUGCCAAGCGCGGUUCUGGGGGCCACCGGCGGGACAAGGCGCGGGACAAGCACCACCACCCGCAUCCGCCUCACGAUGUGAACGGCGUGGCCCGCGUGCCGCCGCCGCCCAACGCGCCCGGCCCUCCCGCGCCUCCGUCCGGCGCGAUGGCGUCGCCGGCACCGCACGCGCCCCACGCGCCUCACUCUGCUCCCGCGCAACCCAAGCCCGAGCCCCGGCCCGCGCCGCGACUGGACUCCAAGCCUCCCGCGCCGCCCGUGACCGCGCCCCCCGCACCCUCCCCCGCGCCGUCGCCCGCGCCCUCACCAGCGCCCCAGCAGUCCACCAAGCCUGAACCGGACGACUCGAGGCAGGAGCACAACUUACAGCCUCCGACUAAGAAACAAAAAACUGAACCUAAGGAGACAGCAGAAGUAUGUGUCGGUACAUCGGUGGGAACCAUCACCGAGCCGGACUGCCUGGGGCCAUGCGAGCCUGGUACUUCGGUCACGCUGGAGGGCAUCGUGUGGCACGAAACGGAAGGUGGCGUGUUGGUUGUGAACGUAACGUGGCGAGGGAAGACUUACGUUGGAACUUUAUUGGACUGCACGCGACACGAUUGGGCGCCGCCACGGUUUUGCGACUCUCCUACCGAGGAACUAGAUGCGCGGACACCUAAGGGUCGAGCAAAACGCGGCAGAGGUGCCGCUCCUACGGACAUGACAAACUUUACCGAGACGCGUUCUUCUGUACAUAGUAAGCUGAGAAAUGGCGGCGCCAAAGGCCGACGAGCUCUGCCGUCCCCGACUCCUUUCACUCCACCAAGACCAGACUCUAAAAGGAAACGCAAUUCUGAUGCGGAAGAACGUCCUCCUACACCUAAGACAAAACGUCCUCCGCCUACCCCUUCGUCGCCUCCGCCAGACCCAGUAUUACUGGAAUGUCCAGAGCCUAAUUGUUCUAAAAAAUACAAACACGCGAACGGCUUGAAAUAUCACCGAUCGCACGCUCAUGGUUCGCCGGAUGAGGACGACAAAGAUGGCUCAAGUUCCGAGCUAGAGGAACCGACAGCGGAACCAUCAUCACCAGUGCGACCGCCUUCAGAACCUGCGACACCAGUUACACCAGUCAAAUCUCCAACGCCCACAAAAUCACCGGAAGAGAAAAGUGAUAAAUCGCCGGAAAAAUCUCCGGAGAAAACAGAUGCAGUAGAAUCUCCACCGCAACCUAGGUUUGAGGAGUUUGCAUCGACCCCGGAGCCGCAGCCGCCGGCGGAGCGCCCUCCGACACCCCCUGAGUCCGUCACUCCUCCCUCUGAAUCUCUCCCUGCGAUACAGCCGGCGACACAGCUGACACAAUUCAAGGUGAAGCCUCGUUCAGCACUAAUGCCCUCCGAAGAGCGCAAGUCGACAGAGUCUCCCCCGGAUGAAUCACCAGGCAAGCGGCGUGCUAGGCGCUCGCCCACCCCGGGGGUGCGCUCUCCCGCCUACUCCGACAUAUCUGAUGACGCGGCCCCCACUGAAGGAGCGGCUGACGCUGAUGCUGGCCACAGACCCUUCCCGGUCUAUCAUCAGUAUUACGGUCAGCCGCCGUACCUUCCGCCAACGCACCCUGCGACUGCUCCACCGCCCAGCGACAAAGGAAAGGAAGACCUCUCGAAAGGAGACCCGAAGACUGACUUGAAGGAUGGGAAGUCAGAAAGUGGUCCUCAGAAAGUUCUCCCGCCACACUUCUACCCCUAUAAUUACGUUCCGAAUUUUCCCUACAACGUGGAGUCGGGGCCUCCCCCUGGACCGCCGCUAGACGACAAAUCCAAGGAGUCAGAACGAUCCAAAACUACUCCAAGUCCUUUGGACAAGAGUAAACAGCCGAGAUCCGCUGAAGGAAAAGAUCCAUCGAGACCGAAUGAGAACCAUCAGAUCUUGAAGGAGAGUAUUGAAAUGAAAGCACAAAUGGGGCCUUACGCUUUCCAAAGACCUACAAGAGAGGAAGAAUUGAGAAGAUACUACAUGAGCCUCGAUCAGCGUCGCAAGGAGGGCGGGGACGGCAAGCCCGCGACGGGCCCGCCGGGGGCCGCGGCCGGCGCGCCGCGCCCGCAGCCCGCGCACAAGCCCAAGGACAAGGACGACAAGCCCAAGGAGGAGGUUAAGGUGAAGCAGGAAGGCCAGAAGCCGACGACCGAGACGCAGGGCCCGCCGCCGCCGCCCACGUCGCAGUACUACCUGCCGCCCUACAUGCAGCCGCCGCACUACGGCGCCCUGCCCUUCGACCCCGUGUACCGCGCGCCGCUGAGCCCCAUGCUCGUGGGCGGCUUCGGGGGCGGCUGGACGGUGCCGCGCUACCACGCGCCCGAGGACCUGUCGCGGCCCGGCGCGCCCGCCAAGCUGGAGCUGCUGCCGGGCCACGGCGCGCAGUACGGCUACGCGCACGGCCACGCGCCGCACAAGAUCCACGAGCUGCAGGAGCACGCCAAGUCGCCGCAGGGCAAGCCGCCGCGCCCCGAGCCGCCCAAGGAGGCGCCGCGCUCGCCGCCGCCGCAGCGCCACGUGCACACGCACCACCACACGCACGUGGGGCUCGGCUACCCGCUCUACCCGCCGCCCUACCCCGCGGCAGCCGUACUGGCGAGUACGCAAGCGGUCGUCAACUCGUUUCCGACGCCGCCUAAAUGA